AAUUGCGGGAAAAUAUCGGCGCCCAUUUAUGUUACUUUAUUUUUCAUCAUAUUUAGACAUUAGUGGUAUUAAUACUUUGAUUAAAACCUUCUAAAUCAGAAAUCAGGUAUCCUUAAUCAUAAUAAUAAAUAUGGAGCCUGGAUUUGACGAUGCAGGUAUAUUUUAUAGUGAUAAUUUUGGACCUGAAGACCAAAAUGAUGAAAAUCAGAUUGACAGACAGCAAGUCAAGCGCCGCUUUAAGCAAUUUAUUCGAGAAUUCCACGAAGGCAACUUUUCCUAUCGUUACCGUGACCAGCUGAAGCGACACUACAAUCUAAAGCAGUUUUGGUUGGAAGUUGACCUAGAUGAUGUCAGCAGUUAUGAUGAGAACCUUGCUGAGAAGCUGCUCAAACAGCCAUCUGAGCACUUACCUCUGUUUGAAGAUGCUGCAAAAGAAGUGGCUGAUGAAAUUACAAGGCCAAGACCAGAAGGAGAAGAGGAAGUUGAGGAUAUUCAAGUUAUGUUGACUUCUGCUUCUAAUGCCUGUGGAAUUCGUGCACUUAAGUCUGACCAGAUGUCUCGACUGGUUAAGAUUCCUGGCAUUGUCAUAGCUGCAUCCGGUAUCCGUUCUAAAGCCAUAAGGCUUGCCAUCCAGUGCAGAAGUUGUUCCAAUGUCAUUAACAAUAUCCAAGUCAAGCCUGGUCUUGAGGGUUAUGCUUUGCCCAGGAAAUGCAAUACGGAGCAAGCAGGCAGACCAAAGUGUCCUGUUGAUCCUUUCUUCAUUAUUCCUGACAAGUGUCGCUGUGUGGAUUUCCAGACUCUAAAGCUACAAGAGGCACCUGAAGAUGUACCCAAUGGGGAGCUGCCACGUCAUUUACAGCUUUACUGUGAUAGGUAUUUGUGUGAUCGUGUGGUUCCAGGGAACAGAGUAACUAUCAUGGGAAUUUAUUCCAUAAAGAAAACCGCCAAGCCUUCCAAGAGAAACAACAGAGAUAAAGUGAAUGUAGGCAUUAGGUUGCCUUACUUCCGUAUUGUGGGGGUGAAGAUUGAUACAGAUGGCACAGGUAGGACAGCCAGCACCCCAGUGACACCUGCUGAGGAAGAUGAUUUUCGCCGUCUGGCUGCCUCGCCAAACAUUUAUGAAACCAUUGCCAAAAGCAUUGCACCUUCAAUAUACGGGAGCUUGGACAUGAAGAAAGCCAUUGCGUGUUUGCUUUUUGGUGGUUCCAGAAAAAGAUUGCCUGAUGGUCUGACAAGAAGAGGCGACAUCAACCUCUUGAUGUUAGGUGACCCUGGAACAGCCAAAUCUCAGCUGCUGAAAUUCGUGGAACGCUGUUCCCCCAUCGGAGUUUAUACAUCAGGGAAAGGCAGCAGUGCAGCUGGUCUAACAGCUUCUGUAAUCAGGGACCCAUCUUCUAGAGGUUUUGUUAUGGAAGGUGGAGCCAUGGUUCUUGCAGAUGGUGGUGUUGUUUGUAUAGACGAGUUUGACAAAAUGCGAGAAGAUGAUAGAGUGGCUAUACACGAAGCCAUGGAACAGCAGACGAUAUCAAUAGCCAAGGCUGGCAUUACAACAACAUUAAACUCUCGAUGCUCUGUGUUAGCUGCAGCUAACUCUGUUUUUGGCCGUUGGGAUGACACCAAAGGUGGAGAAAACAUUGAUUUCAUGCCCACCAUCUUGUCAAGGUUUGACAUGAUCUUCAUAGUCAAGGAUGAACAUGAUGAAGCAAGAGAUAUUACAUUAGCCAAGCAUGUGAUGAACGUUCAUCUCAAUGCGCUGCAAAACACAGAAGAGGCUAGAGAAGGAGAAAUCCCACUCAACACAUUGAAAAAAUAUAUUGCUUACUGUAGGAACAAAUGUGGGCCCAGAUUGUCAGAGGAAGCUGCAGAAAAAUUGAAGAAUCGUUACGUCUUGAUGAGAAAUAAUGCUAGUGACUACGAGAGGGAAACUGGGAAAAAAAUCAGCAUUCCAAUUACUGUGAGACAAUUGGAAGCUAUUAUUAGAAUCUCAGAGUCUCAGGCCAAAAUGAGACUGACCCCUUUUGCCACAGAUGCUGAUGUUGAUGAAGCUUUAAGACUGUUCCAGGUAUCUACAUUAGAUGCUGCAACUUCUGGUAAUUUAGCAGGUGCAGAAGGUUUCACAACAGAGGAGGAUCAGGAACUGCUGAGCAGAAUUGAAAAACAGAUUAAGAGACGAUUUGUCAUAGGUUCACAGGUGUCAGAGCAUGCCAUUAUUCAAGACUUCACUAGACAGAAAUAUCCGGAAAGAGCUAUCCACAAAGUCUUGUCGCUGCUGCUUCGUAGAGGUGAAAUUCAGCAUCGCAUGCAAAGAAAAGUCCUUUUCCGUGUCAAGUAGAUACACUCCUUGACCACUACAUUCAACCCUUUUAUUUUAAAUAAAACAUUUUCCGAUAUUCUAAAUUUAAGUCAAUUUAGGAUCUGAAACACUUGUAUAUAAUGUAAGAAUGUCAGCCUUCCUUUGUAAUGUUUGAUUUUGUAUUUUUUUUUUUU